AUGUCGCCCACAUACACCAUGUCGGCACACCUGUGCAAGGAGAUCUACAAGUCCUUCCAGACGCGCCAGAUCUCGCCCGAGCCCGCGAACAACAACACCACCACCUACACAUCGUCGCCAUUCCCGCGCCGCUCGCCCUCGCCCGAGAAGCGCUCCAUGGACAGCGAUCGCAGCGACUCGAGCCCCGCCUCUCCUCCUCCCAUGUCGCGAUCCUCGUCGGCCUCGAGUUGGAGGUGGGGCGGCCGCUAG